CGGCGCGCCUGGACCCCGGCCCUUCUCUGGGUGGGAAAGCUCUCGGCCGCUUUCCGGCUUCACUCCUUCCUCGCAGACUGGGCUCCCAGCCUCCUCUCUCCUUUUCCUGGACCGGGUCUCACCCCCGUCGGUCCCCUUCCUUUAGCUCAGGCUCCCGACCCCUUCCCUCAGCCCACAGUCCCAAGCUCCUCACUCACUUUCCUCCGCCAAAGGUCCCAGCCUUUGCUCUUCCUUUCCCUUGGCCGGGGUCCUGCCUAUCCUGUCCCUUCCUCUGUCCGCAGGGCUCACUCUUCCCCUCUUCCCCUCUCCCAGGCCUGGAGUUCCAUACCUUUCGUCUCCCGUGGUCCUACCUGGAUCCUUGUCCCUCUUCCCUAGUUUGGAGUUCCAGAUUGCGAACCCAGCCUCCCUCCACCCCCAGGGGAGUGCUUCCACGAAAAUACCUCUCUAAAACAUGAACUUUUUCUAGAGACUACUCCAGUCUCUCUUCCCACUUGCUGACUCCCUUGCUACCUAUGUGCCAGGUUUUGCUCUCACUUAUCUAAGGGUUGAGGCCUGCUGGGCUGGGGAAGCAGCAUGAUGCAUCUGUGGUCUGGCAUCUGUGGCCUCUCUCCACCUCGAAUCUUUCCUUCCUUACUUGUGGCGGUAGCCUUGGUGGGGCUGCUACCUGUUCUCAGCAGCCAUGGCCUCCAGCCCAGCCCUACUGCCAGCACCAUCCGAGGCUCAGAACCACCCCGGGAACGCUCCAUUGGGGAUGUCACCACUGCUCCACCGGAGAUCACCCCAGAGAGCCGCCCUGUUAACCAUUCCGUCACUGACCAUGACAUGAAGCCGAGAAAGGCCUUUCCAGUCCUGGGCAUCGACUACACACAUGUGCGCACACCCUUCGAGAUCUCCCUCUGGAUCCUGCUGGCCUGCCUUAUGAAGAUAGGUUUCCAUGUGAUCCCCACGAUCUCGAGCAUCGUCCCAGAGAGCUGCCUGCUGAUCGUGGUGGGGCUGCUGGUGGGGGGCCUGAUCAAGGGCGUGGGCGAGACGCCCCCCUUCCUGCAGUCGGACGUCUUCUUCCUCUUCCUGCUGCCGCCCAUCAUCCUGGACGCGGGCUACUUCCUGCCGCUGCGGCAGUUCACAGAGAACCUGGGCACCAUCCUGAUCUUCGCGGUGGUAGGCACGCUGUGGAACGCCUUCUUCCUGGGUGGCCUCAUGUACGCCGUGUGCCUGGUGGGCGGCGAGCAGAUCAACAACAUCGGCCUCCUGGACAACCUGCUCUUCGGCAGCAUCAUCUCGGCCGUGGACCCCGUGGCCGUCCUGGCUGUCUUCGAGGAAAUUCACAUCAACGAGCUGCUGCAUAUCCUCGUCUUUGGGGAGUCCCUGCUCAAUGACGCCGUCACUGUGGUCCUGUAUCACCUCUUUGAGGAGUUUGCCAGCUAUGACCAUGUGGGCAUCGUGGACAUCGUCCUCGGCUUCCUGAGCUUCUUCGUGGUGGCCCUGGGCGGGGUGUUUGUGGGCGUGGUCUACGGGGUCAUCGCAGCCUUCACCUCCCGAUUUACCUCCCACAUCCGCGUCAUCGAGCCGCUCUUCGUCUUCCUCUACAGCUACAUGGCCUACCUGUCAGCCGAACUCUUCCACCUGUCGGGCAUCAUGGCACUCAUCGCCUCGGGAGUGGUGAUGCGGCCCUACGUGGAGGCCAACAUCUCCCACAAGUCCCACACUACUAUCAAAUAUUUCCUGAAGAUGUGGAGCAGCGUCAGUGAGACCCUCAUCUUCAUCUUCCUUGGCGUCUCCACCGUGGCCGGCUCCCACCACUGGAACUGGACCUUCGUCAUCAGCACCCUGCUCUUCUGCCUCAUCGCCCGCGUGCUGGGUGUGCUGGGCCUGACCUGGUUCAUCAACAAGUUCCGCAUCGUGAAGCUGACCCCCAAGGACCAGUUCAUCAUCGCCUACGGGGGCCUGCGAGGGGCCAUCGCCUUCUCCCUGGGCUACCUCCUGGACAAGAAGCACUUCCCCAUGUGUGACUUGUUCCUGACCGCCAUCAUCACCGUCAUCUUCUUCACUGUCUUUGUGCAGGGCAUGACCAUUCGGCCCCUGGUAGACCUACUGGCUGUGAAGAAAAAGCAAGAAACGAAGCGCUCCAUCAACGAGGAGAUCCACACACAGUUCCUGGACCACCUUCUGACAGGCAUCGAGGACAUCUGUGGCCACUAUGGCCACCACCACUGGAAGGACAAAAUCAACCGGUUUAAUAAGAAGUACGUGAAGAAGUGUCUGAUAGCCGGCGAGCGCUCCAAGGAGCCCCAGCUCAUCGCCUUCUACCACAAGAUGGAGAUGAAGCAGGCCAUUGAGCUGGUGGAGAGCGGGGGCAUGGGCAAGAUCCCCUCUGCUGUCUCCACCGUCUCCAUGCAGAACAUCCAUCCCAAAUCCCUGCCAUCUGAGCGCAUCCUGCCGGCGUUGUCCAAGGAUAAGGAAGAGGAGAUCCGCAAAAUCCUGAGGAACAACUUGCAGAAGACCAGGCAGCGGCUGCGGUCCUACAACAGACACACGCUGGUGGCAGACCCCUAUGAAGAGGCCUGGAACCAGAUGCUACUCCGGAGACAGAAGGCCCGGCAGCUGGAGCAGAAGAUGAACAACUACCUGACGGUGCCGGCCCACAAGCUGGACUCUCCCACCAUGUCGCGGGCCCGCAUCGGCUCAGACCCCCUGGCCUACGAGCCGAAGGCAGACUUGCCCGUCAUCACCAUCGACCCAGCCUCCCCGCAGUCGCCCGAGUCUGUGGACCUGGUGAACGAGGAGCUGAAGGGCAAGGUCUUGGGGCUGGGCCAGGAUCCAGCAAGCGUGGCUGAGGAAGAUGAGGAUGAUGACGGGGGCAUCAUGAUGCGGAGCAAGGAGCCUUCAUCCCCAGGCACCGACGACGUCUUCACCCCUGGGCCACGUGACAGCCCCAGCACCCAGAGGAUACAGCGCUGCCUCAGUGACCCAGGCCCCCACCCUGAGCCUGGGGAAGGAGAGCCGUUCAUCCCCAAGGGGCAGUAGCACCAGGGCCACGGGCAGCGCCUGUCCCACCAGACUCUCCCACCAGAGCAGGGGCUGCUGGGGGCCCCCCUCACCCUUCCUGACCUGGAUCCGCCCUGCCCCUCCCCCACCGCAUGGCAGCUGGGCCCAGAGGCCACCACACUCCCCCAACCCCCACCGCACGGCUUCCCCUGCCUCCUGGGAAGCAUCCUCCUGCCAGAACUGCCUCCCAAACCACUGGCAGAACUGCUGGGGCUGGUGAGGCAGGCCCUGCCCCUUCCCCAGGCCCAGGCCCCCCCAUACCUGGACUAGGGCCUCAGAGGCCCCCCCUACACUCCAUCACCUCCCUGUUCAGACCAAUCUGAUUUCCAACCAAAGAGGCUCUGGCUCAGCUGUGGUCCCACCCAGGAAGGGAAGGCGCUGAGGCCUCCUUUAUCAGGGGAAGCACAGGCAUGUGGCUUGGGGGAGGGAUCGGUGACCCAUGGGGGUCUCACCCUACUCCUGCCAGCUCUGUCACCCUGGCUGGCCACUCCAACCUGUCCUCACUCAGAGCUGCAGUCUGAGAGCGUCUCUGAGCUGCUCUGCCUGGAGCUGGGGUGCUUUGUGCAGAGACAAGUGUCAUGACAGCUUUCCAAACUGUGCUCCUACGGGGACCACUGGGCCCUUUAGGCGCUGCUGCCAGGGGAGGGACUGUCUGGGCUCCAGAAAGUGCCGCCUUUUUAUGUCUUGUCUGUUCAUGCUUCCAUGUAGGAUUCUGUCUGCACAGAGGGCACUCCUGUUUUUAAAAUGUUUUAAAACCCCUGGCCGAAGAGAGCUCUGCCCUCUAUCUUCUUCCUCCCACUCCAGAGAAUUACCCCUCCUCAUUCAUGCCUGUCUGUCCAGCCCCCUCCAGUCAGUCCUCUGCCUGCUGGGCUCUUAAGUGGUGCCCAAAGGCUCUGAUUGCAGCAGUGACUCCCCAACCCUAAUCAUGAUUCUCUCCAACCUCACAGACGCUGGGCCUCUUGGCAACUGCCUGGCUCUUGGGCCUAACCCUAAGUUCCUGCUGGCCUGGUCUUACUUCCUCCACCCCAGGGUUGGCCCCUGGAACCUCUCCCUCGUGUGCACCACACCCAGCUACCGGGGAGCCCAGUCCUGGGAGAGGAGGCCUUCCCUGAGGAUCUUUUGUUGCCAGGGCUGGUAGGUUGGGCAGAAUGCUGGGCCCCCGUGGCCUUUGCUCACAAGCACUCCCCACCCUUAGCCCCACCGUGGCCAGGCCUGUUGGUGUUUGUCCUCCCCCCAGGGCACUCCCUUCCCCAGGAUCGUGCAAUAGUCAGAGCGUCCCUCUUUCCAGUGGACUGGGCCACGAGUCCUUGGCCAUCUGUCCACCCUCUCCAUGCAAGUGCUGUUUUGAGCAGGAGUCACCAUACAAGGGUGACGUCGACAACCAUG